UCUUCUUUGUGUCUGUAUAAGCAAGCUUCUAUGAUAGGAGAGCUUAGCUCUGUUUCGAUGGUCUUUGUAAGUUUCUGUGAACUUUCUCAGGAGACAAACAGUAGCAAGAAAAUAAAAUUGAUUAUCUUCAACUUUCUUUUUCAUAAUUUAUUAUUGUCUUAUUUUUUUAUUCAUAUAGAUGAACUUAGCUCUGUUUCGAUGGUCUUUCUUAGUUUAUGAGAACUUCCUCAGGAGACAAACAGUAGCAAGAAAAUAAAAUUGAUUAUCUUCAACUUUCUUUUUCAUAAUUUAUUAUUGUCUCAUUUUUUUAUUCUUAUAGGUGAGCUUAGCUCUGUUUCGAUGGUCUUUCUAAGUUUCUGAGAACUUUCUGAGGAGAUAAACAGUAGCAAGAAAAUAAAAUUGAUUAUCUUCAACUUUUUUUUUUUUUUUUUUCAUAAUUUAUUAUUGUCUCAUUUAUUUUAUUCUUUUCUUUGGAAAAAUGUCAAAAGAGGACCCCAAUUCAGUUUCUACUUUGUAAUUUCUAUUUCGGUCGUUUCUAUCUAGCUUUGGUUUGAUCAAUCAUUUCCUCUCCAACCCUUGUUUUUUGGGUUUUUUGCUUUUGCGUUGCAUAUCAUUUCUACUUCCUGAAAAUAUUUAAGAAACUGAAAAGAAAAAAAGAAAAAGGAAAAAAGAAAAUCCGUUUGUUGUUUGGUACUUUGUGUCGACGAGAUUACCAGAGGGAUUACAGAUUUGUUCUGUACAUGGUGUAAGAGAAGGACCUGGAAGAGCAACUAUCUAUAGCUUGAUUUGUGACCGAAAGCGACAAAAGUAAGGCUUUCGAUUAGUUAUUUGAUUUCACUUACGUUUAAUGCUAUCCUGCGAUAUUAUAUUUAUCUUAUUGCUCUGUCGCCUGACAGUUCAAAAAUUUUGAUUGCUUAUUUGGUUUAUAAUUUCUUUGUAUCUGACAGUUCCACAAAAAAAAAAAAAAAAAAAAAAAAAAAAAAAAAAAGAAAAGAAAAAGAAAAAGAAAAACAUAUAGUUGAAAAAUUGUGAAAGUGAGCAUGGACUUUUUGCCCAUAAUUGUUAAAAGAACUGUUGAAAAAAUUGUUGACUACAUUAUAGAACCGGUUGUUCGGCACGUGGGUUACGUAAUAAACUUGAAAAGCAAUGUUGAGAACCUAAAGAGUGAAGUUGACAACUUAGUUGAUGCUAAAGGAAGGGUCCAGCACUCUGUUGAUGAAGCAUUAAGAAAAGGCCACAAAAUGGAAGCUGACGUUGAGAGGUGGAUGAAAAAGGUGGAUGAGAUGAUUGGAGAGGCAAAUGAAUUCUUGAAAGAUGAAAACCAAUGGAAGAAGAACAAGUCUCUAUUGGGGUUGUGUCCAAGUUUGAUUUCAUCCCGUUAUCGUCCAAGCCGGAAAGCAGCAAAAAUUGCACAAGUAGUUGUUGAAAUCCGACAAGGGGGAGACUUUCCUAGUGGUGUCUCAUAUGCCAGUCCUCCAAAGGACGUAUGGACAACUGCUGGGUACCUAGCUUUUGAAUCGAGGGUUUCUUUUGCAACUCAAAUUAUAAAGGAACUCACAGAUUCUAAUAUCCACAUGAUUGGAGUAUUUGGAAUGGCUGGUGUUGGAAAGACCACACUUGUCAAAGAAAUUGGCAGGAGAGCAGAAGAGGAGAAGUUAUUUGAUAAUGUGGCCAAAGUAGAAGUGAGACAUAAUCCAGAUUUGAAGAGAAUUCAAAGAGAAAUUGCGGAAAAAUUUGGUGUGGAGAUUGAUGAAAAUCUGACCAUAGCAGGACGUGCGCGCCUUCUAAGUGACUACAUAAGAAACAAGACUAUUCUUGUAAUUCUGGAUGACGUUUGGGAAAUGCUUGACUUGGAAACGUUGGGACUUCCAUUUGGGAUAUGUAAAGUUCUGUUGACUUCAAGAAAACGAGACGUAUUGUCCUCCGAGAUUGGCACGCAGAAGGAGUUUCGACUGGAAGUUUUAGACGAAAAAGAAACUUGGAGUUUGUUUGAGAAUAUAGUAGGUGAUGCUGUUAAAGACCCUGAUAUUCGAGACAUAGCACUUCAAAUAGCCAAAAGAUGUUCAGGCUUGCCAAUUUUGGUUGUGACACUUGCAAAAGCAUUGAAAGGUAAAAGUUCACACUCAUGGAAAGACGCUCUGAGACUUCAAAAAAUGUGUGAAGGAAAAGAAAUGCAGGAAAAAGCGUACUCGGGGAUAGAGUGGAGUUACAAUCAGUUGGAAGGUGAGGAGGUGCAAUCAUUGUUUUUGAUCUGUGGUAUGGUUGGGGGAUACAAUUAUGUUGAAGACUUGUUCGAAUAUGCAAAGGGUUUGGGUUUUAGUUUGUUUCAAGGCAUCAAUACAAUGGAAGAAGAACGUAGUAGAUUGUAUUCAUUGGUUGAUAAACUCAAAGAUUCUUGUUUGUUGCUAGAUACUUCUCCAAAUGACUUUGCCACAAUGCAUGAUCUUACACGUGACAUUGCCAGAAAAAUUGCUUCUAGAGAUCAGCAUUUCUUAUCACUAAUAGAUGGAGACGAAUUCAAGGAAUGGCCAAACAAAGAAUUCCUUGAAAAGUGCACCUUAUUAUCUUUCCAUUGGAUCAACAUUCCCAAACUUCCUGAGCAGUUAGAAUGCCCAAAGCUACAACUCUUCAAAUUGUAUGCUGCACAAAAAUCACUGUCAAUUCCCCACAACUUUUUCAAGGAGGUGAGAGAACUCAAAGUUUUAGAUUUAACCUGUACCUGUAUUCCCUCACUGCCUCCAUCUAUUCUUUUUUUAACAAAUCUGCAAACAUUAUGUCUAGAUGACUGCGAAUUGAGAAGUAUAGCUAUGGUUGGUGAGCUAAGAAGCUUGGAAAUUCUUAGCUUGGUGCAUUCCAAGUUUAAACUGUUACCCAAAGAGCUUAGUCAGUUGACUCGACUACGGCUGUUGGAUGUGAAUGGUUGCCCUGAACUUGAAGUGAUUCAUCCGAAUGUCAUAUCCCGCUUGACAAGAUUAGAAAUUUUGAGGAUGGAUAACAACUUCAUCAACUGGGAGAUUGAACAAGUAAGCAAUGACAAUGAAAGAUGUAAUGCUAGCCUUUCAGAGCUAAAGCAUUUGUCUAAGUUGACCACAUUAUACGUAAAUUUUAAGGAUGCUAGCCAGUUACCAAUCAAUUGUUUUUCUGAGAAGUUGGUAUAUUUCAAGAUAUCUAUUGUUGGUGAAGUUUGGAUGGGGUCUGGUCCAAACUUAACUCCCAAGUCGUUGAAACUUAAGCUCUCUCAAACCAAUCAAUUGGACCAAGGUCUUCAAACACUGAUGAAAAAAUCUGAAGAUUUGUACUUGGAUGUGUUGGAGGGAGUUAAUGAUGUUGUUUACCAACUAGACAUGGAUGGUUUUCCGCGACUGAUAAAUCUCCAUGUCCAAAAUAAUCCUGAAAUUUUGCAGAUUGUAAACUGCUGGAGUUCUUCGAAUAUUGCCUUCCCCGUCUUAGAAGCAUUAUUUCUAUGCAACCUCGUUAGUUUGGAAAGUGUAUGCUCUGGGGAACUGCCACGUGGGUCUUUUAAACACUUAACAAUCAUACAAGUGGAAAAGUGUCCCAAAUUGAAGAACCUCUUUUCCUUUUCUACUGCCCUGCACUUUUUGCAGCUUCAAGAAAUAAAAGUGGUUGAUUGCAAUAACAUGAAAGAGAUUGUUGUUGAUGAAAAUGAAGAAAAUUUUGAGGCUCAAGUAAAUAUUGAUCGCAUUGAAUUUCUUCAGCUACGAUCUUUGACAAUGGAAAGUCUACCAAAGCUUGCUUGUUUCUUCUCAAAUAAUGAUAGAAAUAUAACAAGGUUCAAAGAACUCAUUCAGACUGAUGGAAUCGUUAGUUCCUUGGAAUUUUUCAGUCAUAAGGAACAGGUUGCGUUCCCAAAGCUUGUUGAAAACUUAACAAACUUGAUCGUGGAUGGCUGUGCUGGUUUAACUUUCUUGUCUUCAUCUUCCAUGGCUAAAAACUUUGUGCAACUCAAAAAGCUUCGGAUAUGCAGAUGCCAAAAUAUGGUGGAGAUAAUAUCAACAGAAGAAUAUAAUGGCAUUGAAGAAAAUAUUGAUAACAAUAUUUUUGCUAAUCUAGAAUCUCUGGAGCUCAAUACUCUUGCAAACUUGGAAACAUUCUGCUCAUCAGCAACUUACCUCAAAUUUUCAAGUUUGAAUUCCUUGGAUAUAAAGGAUUGCACUAAGCUGGGGCCAUUCAUCCAUGGUCGCAUGAGCAAAAAUAUAAGAGAUGAUGCUCUACACUAUUUGUUUGACGAAAAGGUUGGUUUUCCUAGCUUGGAGAAAUUGGUUAUCGAAGGCUUGCAUAAGUUGCGGACAAUAUGGCACACCCAACUUGAUCCAAAUUCGUUUUGCAAACUCACCGAAAUCCAGGUUGAUGCUUGCCAAAGUUUAAUACAUAUUCUUGAGCCCUGUAUACUCCAAAGAUUGGACAGUAAUGUGAAGGUUUUAGAUAUAAGGAACUGUGAUUCAUUGCAAGCGGUCUUUAGUGAUUCAUUAUUAGCGCCUCAUCAUUCGGAAAUGUUCAGCUGUCGAAAUCUUUGUGAAGUUUAUAUUCGCAACUGUAGAAAUCUGAAAAAUGUAUUCCCAGCAUACAUGGCCAGAAAUAGAAAUCUUAAGAAGCUACAGACGUUGUGGAUUCACCAUUGUGAGACACUGGAGGAAAUCAUUGGUGAAGAAGUGGGAGUAGAAGAAGCAACCAUGCCUAAGUUUGUGUUUCCAAGUGCAAAGGAUGUAUGCCUCUACAAUCUGCCGCAGCUCAGUAGUUUCUAUCCGGGGAUGCAUACUUCCAAGUGGCCCUCACUCACUGAAUUUUUGGUAUAUAGAUGUGACAAACUAGAGAUGCUGGCUGCGGAAUCUUCAUGUUUGCAGCAGCAACAUCAUCACUUGGGCAUACCAACCUAUAAACAAGUAUUCUUUUUAUUCGAGAAGCUUUCUUUCUCCAAUUUGAAAACCUUGGCGUUGGACAUGAAGGAGACAUCGUAUGGUUCACUCCCGGUAGAGUUUUUUAAAAUUAAGUUUCUCAUCGUUUUUUGCCGACACAUUACAUCAACUGUUCCUCCAUCUAUUUUAUUUCAAAAAUGUCACAAUCUUGAAACACUUUAUGUAUUAUAUGGAAAUAUUGAAGAAAUAUUUAUCCAAGAAGGAUCUUUGGAUGGGGAACUACAUCUAGGUUGGACUCAGCUGACACACUUAAAAACUCUCAAAAUUGCUAUGAUGCAAAAGCUGAAGCAUGUAUGGAAAGGCAACUCUCAUUUUGGAGGUCCAGUUUUCCCUAAUUUGGAAACUCUACAAGUGGAGGAUUGUCCAAGACUAAAGAAUAUAGUUUCAUCUGCUAUUUCCUUCAGUAAUAUUGUGGAAUUGGAAGUAGCCAACUGUAAUGGAAUGAAGCAUUUAAUCACAUAUUCAGUGGCUAAAAGCUUCAUCAAUCUUGUGAAGAUGAAAGUUCAAAACUGUCAAAGAAUGAUAGAAAUUGUUGCAUGUGAUGACGACCAUGGGGGUAUUAUUGAUGAAGAAAAUGAAAUUACUUUCAGUCGGCUGCAAUAUUUGAAACUUUCUGACCUACCAAAUCUCAAAGGCUUUUGCUCUUGGAAUUACAAUGUCAGAUUCCCAUUCCAUAUUACUUUGUCAGUGUCUAAAUGCCUAGAGAUGAAUAUUUCUCAUGAUGGAGUACUCUUAGAUGAUUCCAAACGAGAAAGAGAGCGGCUUAUCAGAUCUCAAGGCACUCGGUUGGUUUUGGAAUUUUUGAAUGAUGUAAAAAUCGCAGCUGAUGAGCUCAUUUUGAUUGAUAUACCUGUGAUAGAUGAGGAUCUUACUCUUUAUAUUCUCAAUGGCUUGUCAUCUGAUUAUGAAAGUAUUUUUGCCGCUUUUCAAUCUCAGGAUACUCCUAUCAGCUUUGAAAAGUUAUAUGAAAAGAUUGUUGAACACUAA